CUGAUACAAUUUUUAGAGAUGAUGCAAAAAAGGUUUUAUUUUCUUUAGGCUUUUUCUGAGGCUUUCAUCUCCAUCCAGGAGGGGGCAAAGUAUCAGUCAAUCAGCAGGUUGUGUGUGUCUCUGAAAACGGGCUGUUGAAAAAAAGAGGACUUGAACAAAGCAGCCUGUCUGCAGUUGCAGUUUGCAUUCCUGAGCUGUGAGGAUUGCCUUCUAGUUAAUCCCUUUAUAGUCUCUGUGAGUGGUGUUGGGGUUGGUUUGUUCCCUUUUUCUUUCUGAAGCUGAGGUAUCUUGUUUUUCCAGGUUUUGUUCCUUGUUCAGUUGCGCUCCAUAUCUCUCUCUUAUUUCUGCACACACAUCCUUGAUUUCCUUAUUUCACAUGCAGAAUAAGCAGAUUUGUUGGCUUGCUGACUUAAAACUGAUUUUAAUUCCAAACAGGAAAUGUGAACAUUAAUUGCUUCGCAAUUAAUAUUUGUUCUGUGGUGUUGGCUCAAGGCGCUGGAAAAUUCAGUGGAAUUUCUGUGGAAUUGUGCAUUUUCUUCACAAAUAUUUCUGUAGGUUCCAGCAGGUGUUCAUUAGAAGUUGCCUCAUCUAGCUUGCUCUGGGACUUUUUAACCUGUGGAUUGCUUGCACGUCCAUGUGAUAAAUUAUUUCUGUUCUUGUAUUUCUGAAAGAAGUGGGUAGCUGAUCUGUUCUCAGAUGAUGGGCUCCACAACCUCCUUAGCCAUCAGGGAAACAAAGAGUUACAGCAAUGUCAGCUUUUCCUCUCCACCUCCUUUGACUGCAGAUGGGCUGGCUCCAGCUUCGAGCAGCAUGGCAAAGGUGAAAUGAGAGAAGCCUGGUGUGCAUGGUGGGGAGAGCAACUACGCUAUUCUGGGUUAGGUUUAAGAAAUAAGAUUCAUUUCAGACUCUGUUAUUAGGUUUGUGAGAAGGUGUUUGUCAAGUCAUCAUGAUACAGGCUCUCCCCUCCAGCCAGGUUUCUGUGUACAGCAUACCAGCUCCACCAGCUCCUGAGCAGACUGCAGGGCAGGAAAGUCCGCACAUUCACUACUGCCUGUCCUACCAAGAAGACUUGUGUCAGAAGUACCAUUUCUUCAAAUGGAUGAGGUUGUGUUUCUGGAGAAGAUGGCUUCUAGGAAUACUGCCUAUAUUUUCUUUAAUAGUUACAGUAAUUGUGCUAGUCCUGCACUAUUCAUUCCCUCCAGCUUUCUCGUUUGUUUAUAUUGGUGGAAGUGUAGAAAUUCCUAAUAUGACUUAUACAAAUGAUCUCAAUGAUCCAAAGUCACAGAAAUUCCUCCUACAAGCAGAAGCAAUCCAAAAUUAUCUUGCAGAAUCAUAUGAGUCUUCCUUCUUGGGAAGGUACUACUUGAAGUCUGUAGUGGCUGCUUUCAGUGAAGCAGAGUCUGGACUUAGAGCUUACUACUGGAAUAUGUUCUGGGCACCACAAGAUAUGGUUGCUUCUCUUAAAAAAUUAACUCCAGUGAUACAAAAAGAAAUCAGUAAUAAACAAGCAGCUCAUACUUUCAGUUCUUCUGGGGAGGAAGAUUUUGAUCUCAUUACAAUGGAGCUUUUUGUUUCAGAUUCCACAGAAUACGAUGUGAUGCUAAAAUCAGUAUCCUUUGACCUGUAUGCCAAGCCAGGUAACAACAGGACUCUAACUCUGAUGAAUCCCAAAAAGUCUUUUUAUCAAUGGAGGCUGCGAGUUCCUUCCAACUAUGUGGUGAGACUGGUAGUUAUCACGUUCCAUGGUGUCACUCCAGAGAGCUGUGCAUCACACCACUUAUCAGCAUAUGAUUUCCUUCUUCCUCUGCAGAACAAGAUCAUUACAAGAUGGUGUGGACCUGGGGCCUGGACUACUCCUGUUGUACGUUUAACUUCGUCAAGUAACGUAAUGUUGCUUACCUUCUCACUAGACCGAAGAGAAGAAAGCAACCUAUUAAAAGCUCACUUUCAAGCUGUUCCUAAAAUCAUGUGUGGUGGUCAUUAUAUUUCCUGGAAUGGAACACUGAGUUCCCCUUAUUACCCAAGCUACUACCCGCCAAACAUUGACUGCAGCUGGAUCAUCAGAGCACCAUCACCUGGCUACAAACUCUCAUUAAAAAUUAUCAUAAUGCAAAUUCAAGAGAAGUCUCCAGGAUCCAGUAAAUGUGAUAAAGACUGGUUAGAAAUUGAUGGGGUUAGAUACUGUAAAGCUCUUUCAGAAAACAACAGAAACAAAGAAUAUGGCUAUUCUGUCACAAUCAACUUCCAUUCCGAUGAACUGGUCACCCACAGAGGGUUUUAUAUUGAAUACAAAGCCUUCAGUCACACCGAUCGUUGUAAUCCAGAACAGUUGAACUGUGGUGACGGGAAGUGUAAGCAUCAGUAUAAGACUUGUAAAGAUGAUGACAGCUGUGAGGAGGACAGUGAUGAAAACAACUGUGCCUACAAAAGCUGCUCCCCUUAUGCAUACAAAUGCCUCAAUGGAAAAUGCUUGCUGAAACCAAAUCCUGAGUGUGAUGGGAAAAGAGACUGUGCGGAUGGAUCUGACGAAAUGAACUGUGCUUGUGGAAGACACCAGCUUAAGAAAAACAGAAUUGUUGGAGGUGAGGAUGCAAGAUCUGGAAAGUGGCCUUGGCAAGCAAGUUUACAGAUGGGAGCACGUGGCCAUGUAUGUGGCGCAUCUGUUAUUUCCAAUAGGUGGCUCAUAUCUGCUGCCCAUUGCUUCCUGGAUUCUGAUUCUGUGAGAUACUCGGUUCCUUCAGGAUGGAGAGCAUAUAUGGGCUUACAUACUAUUAAUGAAAAGAGUAACCGUGUAGCUGUGAGAUCAAUCAAAAGGAUUAUUGUUCACCCACAGUAUGACCAAUCUAUCUCAGACUAUGAUAUUGCCCUGUUGGAAAUGGAGACACCUGUAUUCUUCAGUGAGCUGGUACAGCCCAUUUGUUUACCCAGCACCUCUAGAAUAUUUGUUUAUGGAACUAUCUGCUAUAUAACUGGCUGGGGAGCCAUGAAAGAAAAUAGUCAUCUUGCCAAAACACUGCAGGAAGCUCGAGUGAGAAUAAUUAACCGAAGUGUCUGCAACAAGCUGUAUGAUGAUCUUAUCACUGCACGUAUGCUGUGUGCUGGGAAUCUUAAUGGUGGUGUUGAUGCAUGCCAGGGAGAUUCUGGAGGUCCCUUGGCCUGCACAGGAAAGGGAAAUAGAUGGUACCUUGCUGGCAUUGUGAGCUGGGGUGAAGGAUGUGCUCGGCGCAAUCGUCCUGGUGUAUAUACUAAGGUGACGCCACUUUAUGACUGGAUUCGUCAGAAGACAAACUGAUGUACUAAGGAGAAAAUGCAGAUUCCACAGUAGUCCAUCAUGCCCAUCUCUGAUGAUUUAACAUGAAAAUGCCAUGGACUGUUUCCUCAUGAAAUAAUGAAAUUUCUUAAUGAAGAAACUCUCAUUUGUUUUUCACCUAGCAGAGACAGCCCAGAUUCAGAGCAACUUCUGAUGCCUUAUGGAUUCACCUUCCUCAUCCUCAGCAGCAAAACAAGCACUGCUUUUAAAAGCAAAAUAAAAUGGAUUAGAACCUGUAACAAAAUUGCAGCCAAAUACUUCUUUUGCAAAUCUUCUUCCCUCUUUCCAUCUCCCUUGCUAUCCAUAUAUGUUUCCGCACCCACGUAUCUGGAUAUUCAUGGCCACAUCCCAUAAAUACUCAACUCAUAUAUAUUACCUUAGUGAUGUUACAGGAUUCUAAAUAUAAAUAAUUAUUUAGUGUUUCUUAAAAAUACAAAUACUAUAACCAGUAUAGUGUAUAAAGUUGAGAUUUAUUCAUUCUCUAGUUAUGUUGCCACCGCACAACUGUUAGUUUCUGGGCUGUAACUAUAGGGCUGUCUCUUGUAUUUUCCUAAAAACAUCAGAGACAUAGCUCACAAAUGCUAGGAUGCAAUAAAUAUUUAUUAAAGAACUGAAAGAGCAUCGUUUAGGUUCUUUGGGAUGAUGUUAAAUAAGAGGAAAGAAACACAAUUAAUUUAACAAAAGGAAAUGUUGAUGCUUCUUACAUUCUUUUUACAAUUUGAACACAGCUGUAGUGUCUGAUGUUUGCACUAUGUUUCAAGGAUAUUUUCCAAGCUCUGGUUCUGGCAAGCUUUGUGAAUUUUAGCACGGUCCUUGUGGGUUUGCAUUGCUUUUCCUGAUGUCCUUGGUCUGCAGCAAGCAGAAUUUCAGGGUCAGGAUUUUAAUUUUGUAUCUUCUCCUGGAUUGUGCCCACAUGGCUACACUGAAAAGGACAUAAAUGGCAAAGGGAUUUAUGUGGUUGGAUCCAUUCUUGGGCCCAAAGAAAGUAGGAAAGAAAAUUGCAGCCACAUUUUCUUAAUUCUAGCAGUAAAUCAAACUUUGAUAAUUACAAUUUUCUGAUGAGCCAACAGAGCAAAUCUAGCUGAUUUGAGGUUUCUAACACUGUUUAUGGGACUUAGAAUGCUGGUAUUCAGUUUAAUAAAAGAUUCGUCUCAGUGGUUUUGAGAACAUUUUUUACUACUUUAAAGUAGUAAAAAAAAAAUAUUAAUAUCAGCCAUUGCUGUCUACACAGCACUCUUUCAUUCUACAGUAAGUAAAUAUGUGAUCCUUGAUGGUGCUUUAGACCCACCUUGGCAGCGUGUAGGGAAAACACUGGAAUCAGCUAGCACUGUAAUCUGCCUACAGUGAGAUUCCUGCAUCUAACACUGAUCUGGCUUCUCUUUCAUUUUUUUCCUUCUUUCCUUGCAUUAGUGUUGGGUAUUCCCUACCCACUUUCCCCCACCUCACUUUCCCCCACCUCAGUCUCCCCCACCCCACUCACUCUCCCUGAUGCUUGUGUCAAACUUACUGUAUAAGCUAUAGUCAAAGCCCAUGUUUUAGAGGGUUUAAUAUCUUUAACGGCUAGUCAGUCAUUCACAUAUUCCUUUUUAAUAAACACAUGCAAAAAUGCAA